AGUGACAUGAUGGAGAGAGUCAAAAUGCCCAAGCAUCAGAUUUUUCUUUAACAAACAAUCGAUUCCCGUGGCAGCCGUUAUCAUCAUUGUUAUCACGCACAUGACGCAUCGAUCAGGCGACGUAGCUGCGUCCAGCGACGACCGGUGCAGCAGCGUCUUCAGCAUCUCCGAGGCACGACGGGCCUGGGAGUCGGAGGCCGCCUCGCUGGCCAGUUGCGGCGACGAGGUGCUGACGGCGAGUCAGGUGACCACCUGCCUGCGGCGGCUGUACGCGCGGCGGCAGCGCCCGGUCCGCAUCGUACUGAUCGGUGACUCCCGCAGCCGCAUCCUCUUUGAGGAGCUGCUGAAGAAGAGGCCUCCGCUGGAAGGGUUCCAGUCCAGUCCUCGCCGUCCCUUAUUUUCUUCGGCGCGUACCUGA